AUGUCUUCUUUAGUAUUUUUAAAUCUUGGAAUUAGAACUAAUUUUAUUCAGCAUAUUGGUAGAGAUACUUUAGUUGAUACUCAUAUUAUAACAAAUAAUAAUUCAAUUCCAAAUUCUACCAAUUCGAUUAGAUUUGAAAAUCUUAGAAUUGGUAUUAGAACACUUAGAGCAGGAGUAUAUGGUAGUGGAGUUUUAAAUCAAAAUAUAACUUCAAGAGUAGGAAUAGAAAUUGGUGAAACAACUAUAGGAUCGG